AUGACGCUUCUGGUAAGGAUGCUCAUUGAAGCACGUGAAAGAAGACUACGGCUCUGUGGAGGUGUCCCAACGGGAAACUCUCAAGCUGAACGUACGACUGCAAUGUUGACUGGAAUUGUAGCUGUGUUUCUGAUUACUGAACUACCUCAGGGAAUCCUUGGACUUUCUGUUGGUAUUAACCCUCGUAUGAUGUUCAUCGCACAUCCUCUUGGAAACUUCUUUGAUUUACUAUCACUAAUCAACAGUGCCGUCAAUUUUGUCCUAUGUGCUUUGAUGUCUCACGUGUUCAGGAGAGAGUUCCUUCACACCUUCAGUAUGUGCUGCCCACAAUCAAGUGAAAACCACAGCGGUGCGCCGAUCACAAAACCAACUAACAAAACGUUCUUUUCGUCGUUUACACCAAAGAAGGCCAAAGAUGGUUUCGUUUCUGUGCCGACAAAUGAUCAACGACAAUCAAAUAACGGUGAUCAGAAUCACGCCCUUAUUGGAGAGAAAUGA